AUUCCUUAUGAACUGUUUUGCAAAAAACGUCCUUCAUUUUGUUAAGUAAGUUAUUUUAUUUGAAACCGAGUAAUUAGAAGCCGAAAUUUAAAAUGUCGUUUGGUGAUACAAUGGGAUACCUGAUUUUUGGCAAUCCAAUAAGCCAAGGGCUAAUAGGCGUUGUAAGCGGAAUUGCCAAGAGUACUGGUAUAACACCGAAGAACACGAAUGUAAAUAAUGCUGUCGUGCCUGUUCUACCACCGCCAAAAGUAAAUCUUCAAGAUUUGAUUGGUGGAAAUUAUAAUUUUGUGCGUCUAGCCGGCAUCAGUGGCGGUGCAGCUGUAAUAAUGGGUGCAUAUGGAAAAGCGAUUAUAGAUCGCAUGGAGGAUCCAAUGGACCAAAAAGAAGCUAGAACUCUUUUAAAAACAGCAAAUCGUUUUCAUUUUUUCCACACAUUAGCUUUAAUGACAAUGCCGUUAGCAAGAAAGCCAUAUUUGUUCCUGAAAUUGCUUACUUGGGAUAUAUUGUCAGUAAAGACGGCAUUCGCCCAGAUCCAAAAAACAUUGAAGCAAUCAAGACAAUGCCUGCGCCAACCAAUCAAUCCUUCAGAAGACUAUGUCAUCGCUGCAGUAGAGUUUGAAAUUGAAAGUAAACAAAUUUUACAUAACUCACUUGAUAAGCUGCCGCUUACCAGCAAAAUGAUUACUUACGAAACAGCUAAGGACAAGGUUUUAGUUAAAAUUCUCGAAUAUGUAACUGAAGGAUGGCCAUCAAACUGCAACAACAGUGAGUUAAAAGCUUACUUUAACCGAAAAAACGACAUAUGUAUAGUUGACGGAUGUUUAAUGUUCGGACAACGCAUUAUUAUACCUCAAAUUUUCCGAAAGCGCAUUCUUAAAGAAAUUCACCGAGGUCAUCAAGGCAUAGGUCGUACUAAAGCCAUCGCGCGGAACUACGUUUAUUGGUCAAAUAUCGAUUACGAUAUUGAAGCAAUGGUGAAAAGUUGUUCAAAUUGUGCCGCAGCAGCUAAAAUGCCAAAACCUUUUGAUUCUUGGGAACGGCUCCAUAUUGAUUAUGCAGGACCAAUAGAUUCAUACUACUAUUUGGUCGUAAUCGAUGCGUUCUCAAAAUGGCCAGAAAUUAUACAAACAAAAUCUAUAACAGCAACUCAAACAAUUUCCAGCUUGAAAGAAAUUUUCGCUAGAUUUGGGUUACCGAAGACAAUAGUUUCAGAUAAUGGUACUCAAUUUGUGAGUCACCAAUUUCAACAGUUUUUAGCGGAAAACGGCAUUAGUCAUAUACGAAGCAGUCCGUACUAUCCCAUGUCAAAUGGACAAGCCGAAAGGUUUGUGGAUACUUUAAAGCGAGCACUCAAAAAGUUAAAUGGGAAGGGGGUAACUGCUGAAAAUCUUCAAACAUUUCUACAAGUUUACCGAUCUACUCCGAAUAAGCAAAAUGAGGACAGUAAAUCGCCAGCUGAAGUUUUACUAAAAAGAAAUAUCCGUAUUAAACUUGACUUGAUUAAACCAACGCUGGUGUCAGACCCAAAUGCCAAGUUUAAAAACAAGUGCGAUACACAACUCAAAAUGAAAGCGCAAUUUGACAAAAGGCACGGUGCAAAGCCAAAGUUUUACGAAAAACAAGAGCUCGUUUAUGUCAAUAUAUUCAAAAACAAACACUUUGAAUGGACAAAAGGUAAAAUAAUCGAACGCAUAGGUAACGUCAUUUAUAAUGUUCGCUUACAAAACGGCAAACUUAUUCGUGCACAUGCCAAUCAAAUUCGUGACCGAAAAGAUCAAGGAAAUGAGUUGUCUUUAGAAAUAUGUACUUCCGAAGAUAUCGCCAACGAAAAGUGUUUAGUUGAUGCAUUUGGCCUCUACGAAACAACACCUACAGAUGUGGUCGAAAUAACUAACAACAACAUGGUUUCGACUCCAAAUCAAUCUUUCAACGAAGUAACCGAGAUUGCAAUCCCUCAAACUGAGAAGCACAAUGAGGCAGUUGUUCCGUAUACCCGACCAAGGCGUACUAGACAUCCUGUUGACCGUUAUAGACCCUAG